AUGCAACAAUCUGAACAUGUGGUCGUUGUGAAUUUGAUCCAUCUCCGCAUUGCCGACAGUGAGCACGAACGGAACGGAAUUACUUCAUCAUCUACCUUGAAUCCAAUAUUUUCAAUUAAUGAUACGGAACCAUCGUAUUUGGACGUUGUAUGGAGAAAAUUAAUUUUGAAAUUAAGAAAACGAGAGGAAGUGGGAUUUUCUGGCCAAUUUAGACUUGUUCAUGAAAUCAAUACUAAUGAUCAUGAAAGUCUUGGAUUAACAAAUCCAAUACGACUCUAUGAUGUGAAAAUUUCACAACGGUAUCGAGUUAUAUUACUUUCCGAUAACUCGAAUGGAGCUAUUUUAAUUUUCAACUUGAACGAUAGAAGUCUGAAGAAAGUAGUCGAUUGUCAACACAGUGAUAUCAGGUAUUUAUGUGUUGAAAACAAUUUUAAAAACAAUAGAGAUGCGCUAAUCAUUACUGGAAAAGGUUUGAGAAAGUAUGACUUGGAACUUGUGUUAAAUAUGGCAAACAUGGAUGAAGCAGAAAUUUGGAAAAGUGGUUCGCAUGAGUUUUUCAAUGAAACUGUUAUUGGAUAUAAUCAUCUGGUGCAUGAUGGUAAAGUUGAAAAUUUAAUAUAUACAUCGGUUGGAUUUAAAGCAAUUGAUGUGCUUAACUCGACGACUGGAGAAUUUAUUCGGACAUUAAUCUCUGACAGUGUUGACAGAAGAGGAUUUGACAUUAAUUGGAAAGGCUAUUUAACUGCUUUCUAUGCAAAAGAAGGGGAUCAAUCAAAUUCUCCUUUCAUUCAAGAAACAUAUGAAGAAGGAAAUGUUAAAAAAUUCAACAUUGAGAGUUUACCAUUAUUUGACACUCUCAUCCACGAUAGGAUCACUCAUAACUAUAUUGUCACUGAUUGUGCCUCUAAUUUAAUAGUAGUAUUUGAUGAGAAUGGUAUUGUUGUUAGCACCUAUUUGAAAGACGAUCGUGUUAUUGUCAGUCCUUCAGGACUUUGUUUAAAUCCAUGCAAUGGAGAAUUAUUUAUUGCACAUGAUAAUGGAGUUUCAAUUUUUAUGUAA